AUGGACGUCCCUGCACAGGCUGCAUCACACAAGCACCGCCAAAAGCAAUUCCUGCCGCCCAGUCCACCUCUCUCUCCACCAACUGCACGGCGCAGACACAAGAGGCGCCACGAUGACGAAUUCGCAAAGCUGGCAGCCACGCCGUUGCCGUCUCCCACUCUGUCUGCGGCAUUCGACAAGGAAGACAAGCCAGAACCGCUCCUCACGAGGAUCGUCUUGACUCCAGUCCUGUUCACAUCCUUCCUCUUCUCCCUCUUCCUCGUCAACGCCCAAGACCGCGCCCGCCGCGCAGCAGCCCACACCCCGCCUUCCUCCUACCUGGCCUACCUCUUCCCCUCCGCCUGGCUGGACCCCGAACCCUACCAGGACCACAGCGACUCCACCUGGGGCCGUCGCGGCGCUGCUGGGCACGUCGAGCCCCAUGGCGCCGUAGCCCCCAAGCCCGGCCAGCUUGACGGCGCUCAGGGAGACGAGCGAGCGAGGACGGCCAAGGACGGGAAGAGGAAGAGGAGCUGGCACCUGAACAAAAAGAUUGGAAAAAUGGCGAGACUGGAGGUUAGCGAUGCGUUUGACAGCCAGGGAAAGGUGGUCGUGGUUAUGAUGGCUACCAUGGUGUUUGGUGUUAUUGGGCUUUGGGUCGGCAUGCGGUGGAUCUGGAGAUCCAUGUUUGGGUGA